ACUUUGAUUUCACUAAGCACGGCACGGCAAAUCCAGCCGGAAUGGAGUGUCAUUUAAUUAUACUGAUCAUUAUGCUGCCGUCAGCCUGGUUCCUUCAUGUCGCUUCGAAAACCAAGCCCACUACCAAAGCUCCCGUGAAGGAGAUUCCACCCACUAAUGGAACACAAAUGGCAAAUGUGACAGUGACUCCAGUUCCAGAAAAACUAGCGGAAGUUCACAUCGAUCAGCACAAAACCAUUAGAAUUAGUAAGGGCGAUUUGGACGAUCUGCUGGACGUUUACAUGGGAAAGAUAGCCGAAAGUGCCGCCACUAUUAAGGACAAGGAAAACGAGAUAAACAAGCUGCAAACCAAGAACCAAACAGACGAUGAGCUGCUGAGGAGAUUCGAGAACCUCACCCAGGUGUGCAGUGCCCAGGAGUCUUCGUUCUCGACUGCCAUCAAGGAGAAGGACGACCAGAUCAAGGAGCUGGAGCAAAAGGUUAAGAUAUACGAGACGCGCCUCAAGAGAAAACAGCACGCUUUGACGGAGCUGCGAAAGCUGAAUAGCUCCAGUGCUCUACUGAUCGACCACCUCAAGGGAAAGGUUGUGUAUUUCGAGCGGAAAUUCCGGGAGAAGAAGGACGACCUGUUGGCGGACUGGGAGGCGGCAACUACUAGCUGUGUGCCUUUUGGACGAUCGCCCGGAAUCCAUCUGAUCCACCUGCCAGGAUUCCUGCCGUUCUUGGUGCCCUGCGAAGGUCAAACUGCAGCCGGACCUGGCUGGACCUGCAUCCAGCGGCGCCUCGACGGAUCCGUGAACUUCUACCGGAACUGGGAUGCCUACAGCAAGGGCUUUGGCAAGCUGAACGGAGAGUUCUUCAUCGGCCUGGAGAAGCUGCACCGCCUGACCAGCUCCCAGCCCCACGAGCUCUACAUCAGCAUCAGCAGAUUCGGCGGCGAGACGAGCUAUGCCCACUACGACGACUUCCUCAUCGGGAGCGCGGAGGAGGGCUACGAACUGAAGCUGCUGGGCCACUACCAGGGAAACGCCAGCGAUGCGAUGCGCACCCACGACAAGAUGAAGUUCUCCACCUACGACCGGGACCACGAUGCCUUCACGCACAUGAACUGCGCGGAGCACCAUCAGGGAGCCUGGUGGUACGACUUCUGUUCCCGCAGCAAUUUAAAUGGCAGAUACUUCAAGGGAGAGGUGGACAACCCGCAGAGCAUCUACUGGGAGCCGUGGUACAGCUUCCGCUCCCUGAAGUCCGUCCAAAUGCUCAUCCGCCCCAAGAGUCAGCUGGAGCUGAAGGACCUGCCCAGGAAGAGGCGACCGCCAGGAUAA